AUGACAACAACCACACCUACUACGUCAGCUACAACUGAAGCUCCUACGACCACUACAACGACAACUGCAGCUCCUACUACGACCACUGCAGCGCCUACUACAACUGAAGUUACGACAACAACCACACCUACUAUGACAGCUACAACUGAAGCUCCUACGACCACUACAACGACAACUGCAGCUCCUGCGACAACUGGAGCACCUACUACGACAACUGCAGCACCUACUACGACCACUGCAGCGCCUACUACGACAACUGUAGCUCCCACAACAACUACGUCUGCAGCUCCUGCGACAACUGCAGUUCCUACGACAACUGGAGCACCUACUACGACAACUGCAGCACCUACUACGACCACUGCAGCGCCUACUACAACUGAAGCUACGACAACAACCACACCUUCCACUACAGCUACAACUGACGGUCCGACAACAACCACACCUACUACGACAGCUACAACUGAAGCUCCUACGACCAUAACAAUGACAACUGCAGCUCCUGCGACAACUGCAGCACCUACUACGACCACUGCAUCGCCUACUAUGACAACUGUAGCUCCCACAACAACUACUUCGGCAGCUCCUACGACAACUGCAGCUCCUGCGACAACUGCAGUUCCUACGACAACUGCAGCUACUACGACAACUGCAGCACCUACGACAACUGCAGCACCUACGACAACUGGAGCACCUACUACGACAACUGCAGCGCCUACUACAACAACUGUAGCUCCCACAACAACUACUUCUGCAGCUGCUACGACAACCUCAACUGCAACACCUUCUACAACUGCAGCUCCUACAACCACUAUGACUGCUGCAGCAACUACUACGACAACCACAACUGCACCUACUGCUACAACCACAACUGCAGAUCCUACUACAACAUCAGUUGUAGUUUCAAGCACUGCAGCAGCUGAACCUGCAACAACUGUAGGUCCUAUUACAACAACUGUUGCUCCUAAAACAGCUACAACUGCAGCAACUACUACAACUGAAGCUAUGACAACAACCACACCUACUACCUCCCACAACAACUACGUCUGCAGCUCCUGCGACAACUGCAGUUCCUACGACAACUGGAGCACCUACUACGACAACUGCAGCACCUACUACGACCACUGCAGCGCCUACUACAACUGA